AUGACCACUCCUAUACCGUGCCCCCCGUCCUUGCCGUUUCUGGGCCAUGUCGCUUCAAUCGAUGGGGACUUACCCGUUCGCUCCUUCUCGCUUCUUGCGCAGCAAUAUGGCGAGAUAUAUCAGUUUCACCAGUUUUCAUCGAGGAAGGUCGUCAUCAACUCCUACGAGCUCAUGCAUGAUGUUAGUGACGAUAAAAAGUUCAUUAAAAAUAUUAGUGGAGCCCUUGAGCAAGUUAGGAAUGGUGUAGGAGAUGGUUUAUUCACAGCAAAACCAGACGAAGAAAAUUGGGGCAUUGCACAUCGUCUUCUUACACCUGCAUUCGGAUCUGUGGGCAUUCGCGACAUGUUCGAUGAUAUGUAUGACGUCGCAAUGCAGCUAGUGAUGAAAUGGGAGCGCUUUGGCCCCGGGGCUGCCAUCAAUGCCGCGGAGGACUUCACUCGAAUGACCUUUGAUACAAUAGCAUUAUGCGCAAUGUCUUACAGACUGAACACAUUUUAUCGCGAAACCAACCAUCCGUUCGUCCAGUCCAUGGCAGACUUCCUGCUCGAGUCUGGGCAUCGAGCAUUCCGAGCUUCUGUGGUGACGAACAUUUUAGGUUACAAUACGAAAUAUGAAGCAAAUAUCAAAACUAUGGCUGACCUUGCCAACAAGAUCAUCGCGGAGCGUAAGAACAAUCCGACGGGUAAGAAUGACCUUUUGGAUAGAAUGUUGCACGGAAAGGACCCCAAGACCGGAAAGCAGCUCUCGGAUGAGAAUAUUAGUUACAACCUGCUCACUUUCCUCAUAGCCGGACACGAGACUACUUCUAGCACGCUGUCAUUCUUAAUGUAUUACUUGCUCAAGAAUCCAGAAGCAAUGCGCAAAUUGCGAGAGGAGAUUGACGAAGUGCUCGGAGACCAGCCCCCCGGACUGCAAGACCUCAGCAAGUUAAAAUAUCUCAAUGCUUGUCUGCGUGAAUGUAUGCGUCUGUCACCACCUUCGCCCACCCGCGCCGUCGAUGCACGUGAUGAUACUAUUAUCGGCAACGGUAAAUAUGCCAUUCGGAAGGGCCAGACUGUAAUAAUUGCCGUUUUCCUAACGCAGCGAGACCCAAAAAUUUGGGGGGAUGAUGCAAACGAAUUCAAACCUGAGCGCAUGCUGGAUGGCAGCUUUGAAAAGCUUCCUCCGCAUGCAUGGCAACCAUUUGGUUUCGGCAUGCGGGCUUGCAUUGGUCGUGCAUUUGCCUGGCAAGAAAUGCUGAUCCUCGUUCCACUUCUUCUUCAACGUUUCGAGCUUGCGAUGGAAAACCCAUCCUACGAUUUAGCGCUUAAGCAGACUCUCACAAUCAAGCCUAAAGAUUUCUAUAUCCGUGCUACUCCGCGCAAAAGUCGUGCUGUCCCGCUAGCAAUACCCAGUUCGUCACUGCAACAAGCGCGCCGUGGGGAAGAGAAGGAGCCAUUCAAGGUAGCUAUGCCUGUACAGGAUACACCAUUUAAGUGGCCAAUGUACGUAAUGUAUGGCUCGAACACCGGGACGUCGGAGACUUUCGCCCAGCGGAUAGCCAGCGAUGCGGCGACCUAUGGUUUCGGCGCGAGUAUCGGCACACUUGAUUCGUUCACAGGCAAAAUACCCACCGAUGGUCCCGUUAUUAUUGUUACUGCAUCGUUUGAAGGCGAGCCCGCCGACAACGCGGCGCACUUCGUCAACUGGAUCAGGAGCCUCAAAGACAUCGAGCUUGCUAACGUUACCUAUGGUGUAUUCGGCUGCGGCAAUCGCGAUUGGUUCCAGUCAUAUCAGCGUAUCCCAACACUAAUCGACAGUCUCCUGGAGGUGCACGGGGGCAAGCGAUUGAUCUCCCGUGGACAUGGCGAUGCCAGCGCAGCGGAAUUCUUCGAGCAAUUUGACAAUUGGCAGACGAAGCUUUGGGAGACUCUAUCGCAGAAAUACAAGAUGGACGCUGGCCAAUCGCCUGGUGUAUCUGGAGGCCUGGAAAUGACAAUUGUGGACUCGGGUACUUUCCGAGCUUCAGUACUAAGGCAACAAGACACUGCGUUGGGUACCGUGGCAGAAAACACACUUCUCACGAAGCCUGGCGCGUAUCCGAAGAGACAUAUCGUUUUCGAGCUUCCAGAAGGCAUGGUUGCACGAGCCGGAGAUUAUCUCGCUAUGCAAGUCGCCGCUAUACUGAAGAAUUGCAUGCAUACUGAUCACGAUUUAUGCAGUCUCCCGUCUAAUCCUAUCCGGGAUGUGCAGCGAUUCUGCAAAGUGUUUGAAAACUUUCCCGCCCAGAUUAUCCUUUCUGCAAAUGGUCCCACACCACUACCAAUCAACCGUCCAAUUGGCAUUUUUUCUCUUCUCUCCGGCUAUGUCGAGCUCUCGCAGCCCGUGACCACUCGGGACCUGAAGAUAUUGAUGUCGGCUGAGAAUGCCCCACUCGAUUUUCUACAAGAAUUGAUCACUGACUAUUCCGAAAAGGUGGUUGCGAGGAGGCUCAGCAUCCUCGAUAUUCUCGAGGAUUAUCCCUCUAUAAAACUGACAUUCGAGACGUACCUGCGCAUGCUUCCGUCCAUGCGGGUACGACAGUACUCCAUCUCGUCCUCGCCACUUUGGGACGCACAGCGCGUCUCGCUCACCGUCAGUGUCGUGGAUGCACCCCCGAUCUCGGGGCGUAAGGAGAAUUUCCUCGGGGUCGCAUCAACUUAUCUUGCGGGGUUGCGUCCCGGAGACAAGGUGCAGAUCGCCGUGCGCGCAUCGGCGAUGGCAUUUCACCCUCCCGCAGAUCCUACUGUCCCGAUGGUGAUGUUUGCGGCAGGUUCCGGGCUUGCGCCCAUGCGUGGCUUCCUGCAGGAGCGCGCGAUGCAGAAGAAAGCAGGCCGCGAGGUUGCAAAGUCGCUCCUGUUCUUUGGAUGCAGGUCGCCCACGCUAGAUUACCUCUACUCGGACUCGGACUUGAAAGAGUGGACUGAGCUCGGAAUCGUUGACGUGCGGCCGGCGUUCUCACGCGCCUCGGAGCACUCGCAUGGCUGCAAGUUUAUUCAAGAUCGUGUUUGGCUGGACCGCGAGGAUGUAGACAUACUAUACGAGAAGCACGCGAAGUUCUACACCUGUGGGUCACGUAAAAUUGCGCAGGGGAUCAGAGAGGUUCUCAUGAGGAUGAUCAUGGACAAGUGCAAUGUCAAUGCAGCAGAAGCUGAGGACAUGUUUGGGCAUGCUGUUCAUGAUCGAUAUGCAACUGAUAUCUUUGAAUAA